UUACUUCUAUUUUUCAGAUUAUCAAAUGUCAACUAAUUUUUUAUUUUUUUAUUUAAUUUUUUUUUUCACAAAAAAAAACCCAAACUAGACUGACCCAUUCUUAAUCUUAAGAACUCUUUCACUUGCCUUCAAAAGAACUCUUUCACUUUGACAAGGCUAUCUGACUGGACUCACUGAACAUCAGACCCCCAUUUUCUCUCUACCAAUUUGACUUGUUGAAGGAGUUGCUGAUGGAGACUAAACUUGUAUGCUUACAUCGAACCAGUUUGUUAUUCAACCCUUUCGAAGCUCGUUCCUUUCGAUUGUCUUCUCCCUGCUCGUCGAAACCUAGUUUCCGGCCUCGAAUUUUGUCAUCAGGUUCAAUGAGCAACGGGGUGAAAUGUGCCUUGAAGUCUUACAAAUUAUCUGAACUUUCUAUGUCUGAGGUUGAUAAUCUUAAAUCUCGUCCCCGCAUCGAUUUUUCAUCUAUAUUUAGUGUGGUCCAACCCAUUGUUGAUGAUGUCCGCACUCGGGGUGAUGAUGCAGUGAAAGAAUAUACCGUCAAGUUUGACAAAGUCAAACUGGAUAAGGUGGUUGAAGAUGUUGCAGACUUACCAGAGCCUGAGCUUGAUCCCCAUAUAAAAAAGGCCUUCGAUGUUGCUUAUGACAAUAUCUAUGCAUUUCAUGCUGCUCAAAAGUCGGAGGAGAGAAGUGUUGAGAACAUGAAGGGAGUUAGGUGCAAACGUGUAGCAAGAAGCAUUGGCUCUGUGGGACUUUAUGUUCCGGGAGGGACUGCUGUAUUGCCAUCCACAGCUCUUAUGCUUUCAAUUCCUGCCAAAAUUGCGGGCUGCAAAACUGUAGUUCUUGCCACACCUCCAAGCCAGGAUGGCAGCAUAUGCAAGGAAGUCCUCUACUGUGCCAAGAAAGCUGGUGUCACUCAUAUCCUUAAAGCUGGAGGAGCUCAGGCCAUUUCUGCUAUGGCCUGGGGAACAUCUUCUUGCCCUAAGGUUGAGAAGGUCUUUGGACCAGGAAAUCAAUAUGUAACUGCUGCAAAGAUGAUCCUGCAGAAUAGUGAAGCUAUGAUCUCGAUUGACAUGCCUGCUGGCCCUUCAGAAGUUCUAGUGAUUGCUGACAAGUAUGCUAAUCCUGUUCAUGUUGCAGCAGACUUGCUUUCUCAGGCUGAACAUGGACCAGAUAGUCAGGUUGUUCUCGUAGUAGCUGGUGAUGGUGUGAAUCUAAAUGCUAUUGAGGAUGAAAUUAGCAAGCAAUGUCAAAAUCUACCUAGAGGGGAUUUUGCAUCAAAAGCAUUAUCUCAUAGUUUUAUCGUGUUCGCUUGUGAUAUGGUUGAGGCAGUCUCUUUCUCAAACUUGUACGCACCUGAGCAUCUAAUUAUUAAUGUACAAGAUGCUGAGAAAUGGGAGAGCUUCAUUGAGAAUGCAGGAUCUGUAUUUAUGGGCCAAUGGACACCUGAAAGUGUCGGAGAUUAUGCUAGUGGAACAAAUCAUGUCCUUCCUACAUAUGGUUAUGCAAGAAUGUAUGGUGGAGUGUCACUUGAUUCUUUCCAGAAGUAUAUAACAGUUCAAUCUCUGACUGAGGAAGGCCUAAGAAAUCUAGGCCCAUACGUGGCAGCCAUGGCUGACGUUGAGGGACUGGAAGCUCACAAGCGAGCUGUAACCUUAAGGCUUCAGGAUAUUGUGGCAAGGCAAGGGUCAAACUUGAGAUGAUACAGACGAACUGUGACCUUAAGUAUGUGAUUUGUCUUUGCUGUUUUGAGAUAAAGCUGGUGUAAGUGCCUCAGCCUCACAUUGAGGAUGUGUUGUGGAGUUGAUUUUGUAUUUUUGUUACUACUAGUACCCUGUACUCUAAAAUAAUGAAAUUGUAACAGAGAACUGUUGCAAUAUUUUUGAUCUUUCAUCACUUUUCAUCUUUCUAAUUUGGAUUUUUGGGUAAAUCUCAGAUGAUUGCCAACUACAUGAGAUUUUAGCCGAGGUCUCAAAAACAAGUUUCCUGAACUUUUAAUUCUUCUUGCAUCAUUUAUCCAUUAAUCUCUGUAAUUUUGUUUUA